AUGCUCAACACUGCAACCGACACACCAAAGCUGCUCACCCUGCCGGGCGAACUUCGCAAUGCCAUCUAUGAGCUUGUGGUACAAGACGCAAAGGCGACUUUCACGCAGGAUGCGAAGUUGAUACUCACCUCGCCUUUCGCCUGUGUGAACCGGCAAAUCCGCCAGGAAUAUCUUUCAAUCCUCAAGACGCAGUUUCCGGUACUCACUACGGAUGUCGUGCACUUCAAGUUCGACCACAUAUAUAAGUACUACCUCGAACACCAUGAUAUCGGCCCACACGCGUCUUCUGCCACCUUGCCAGGAGUACAAAUCGCAAUGCACAUCAAACCAGGAAACCCAAAAAGAGUCCGAUUCGGCUUGGAUGAGUGGCUGGGUCGGAGAACGGGUCUCUACCUGGGCUGUACAACUUCAGUCAAGGCUUCGUAUACUAUUACCGGUGACACGGUGGGAGCUGAAGAGCGAGCGGCUAGCGAUCAAAACGGACGGUUUCGAUGGCACUUGCAGUACAUCAUGGAAGCCUUGGGCUGGGUGGAGAGCAAACGGUGGCGGAAGGUGUGGGCGAGUCAUGAGGCACAUAGAGAGAAGUCUGAUGGGCGCAAGGUGUACGAAAUGAUGGGCGGCAGUAUCUAG